UCUAAACCAGGAAAUGUUUGAUGUCGAGCGGAUGUUGAGUGUCUCUGUCUGUGUCUUCAUCAGCAGCACGGGUGAGAUCGAGCUCCAUCAGUAAUGGGAGAACAAAGCAUCUGUCAGGCGCGGGCCACCGUCAUGUUGUACGAUGACGGCAGUAAGCGCUGGUUACCGGCCGGUUCUGGUGCUCAGUCCAUCAGCAGGGUUCACAUCUUCCAGAACCCCAGUAACAACAGCUUCAGGGUGGUGGGACGCAAACAACAGGCCGAUCAGCAGGUGGUCAUUAACUGUCCUCUGAUCCGGGGGAUCAAGUAUAAUCAGGCCACUCCUACCUUCCACCAGUGGCGGGACGCACGGCAGGUCUGGGGUCUGAACUUCGGCAGUAAAGAGGACGCGGCUCAGUUCGCCAGCGGCAUGAUGCACGCUCUGGACAUGCUCAGCGGAGACGCCGGUGCACCUCUUCCUCCUCGACCGCCUCAGAACGGCCCGAGCGCUGAGGAGAUAGAGCAGAAGAGGAGACAGGAGCAGCAGGAGAGAGAGAGACUGGAGAGAGAGAGACAGGCGUCUGCUGCUCCGGCCCCGCCUCCUGGUCCUCCUCCCGCUCCUGGCCCCGCCUCUGCACCUCCUCCUCCCCCUGGACCUCCACCCGCUCCAGGACCACCGCCUCCCCCCCCACCACCACCUCCUUCAGGAGGAGGCCCGCCGGCCCCCCCACCCCCACCCUCAGGAGGAGGAGGAGGAGGAGGAGGAGGGUUAGGAGGAGGUGAUGGAGGUCUGGCCGGAGCGCUCGCUGGAGCAAAACUACGCAAAGUGGCCAGGGACACUGACAGUGGAGCAGCAGCUCCUGCAGCGAGCGCCAGCUCAGGAGGAGGAGGAGGAGGAGGAGGAGGAGGAGGAGGAGGAGGAGGUGGACUGAUGGGAGAAAUGAGUGCAAUUCUCGCUCGACGGAAAAAAGCUUCUGACGCUCCAGUGGUCAAGAAGGAAGAAACAAGUAGCGUGAGUCGUGCUGAUUCUGUGAACAAUGACUCCAGAGCUGCAGACAAACCAGAUGUGGUGAAGAAGCCCUGGGAGAAACCGUCGUCUGUGUCACGGGUGAAUUCAGCUUCUAAGAGUCAGGACAAGAGCCCGGUGUCUCCCGCGACUGCGGCUCCAUUGAACAGGACGAGACCUGGCAGCAGCAUAGCAGACGCCACAGACAUGGAGAAAUUCAAACAGGACAUCCUGGAGGAGAUGCGCAAGGAGCUGCAGAAGGUGAAGGACGAGAUCAUCAGCGCUCUGCUGGAAGAGAUACAGAAGAUCAAUGUGUAGCUGCGCAUCAGGAAGAUCUGCACAAACCUCUGCGCAGAACCACGAACACAAGACGCUUCCUUCUCACGCUUCAAGAUGCAAGAAACUCACUCCUGCACCCGACACCUUUGUCGUUUUACACCCGCUGCCUUUCAC